AUGCAGAAACCUUCAAAGGCAAUUCUUCUGGUCACGGGAGCAUGGCAUGUUCCACAGCAUUACGACAAACUCGUCAAGCAACUUCAAGCCAACGGACUGAGAGUUAUCUGCGAACGACUGCCGACGAACAAUAACGCUGUGCCACCCGACACCACGAUCGACGACGAUGUCGCCUUCGUCAGAAACAUCGUGGAACAGGAAGCGUCUGCCGGGACGCAUCUUGUCGUUCUUGCCCACUCUUAUGGCGGUGUCGUUACAUCUGCAGCACUGGCCGAUUUCGCGACUACGCCAGAUUCCGUAAAAGGGGGCGUGACAGACAUCAUCAUGAUGACUGCAUUCAUACCAGCAGAGAACACCUCACUUGCAGGCAUCUUCGGCGGAACGCUGCCUCCGUACCUGACAUCACAACCCGACGGCACCAUCACCUGGUCAGACCCAAUUAGCUUGCUUUACAACGACAUGCCCGAGGAAGAAGCCCAGUGGGCCGAGAAGCAGAUGGUAGCCCACGGCCAUGCCGCUCAGUACACACCGAUCAGCUGCCCAGAGGUAGCAUGGCGGGUUAUCCCUCUGAAUUAUAUCAUCUGUGAUAAUGACAAGGCCUUGCCGAGUUUCGUUCAAGAGAUGAUGAUCAAGAACGUCGAAGAGCAAGGCAUUGAUGUUAGCAAGUUCCGGCUGCCGGCUUCUCACAGCCCGUUCUUGAGCAUGCCCGAGAGAGUAGCGGACAUCGUGAUGAGCGUUAUGGGAUGA